CCGGGAGUUCUGCUCCGUUUCGAUUUUUUUAUUUUGACAUUUUUAAUUGCGGGCCUGUACUCGUUAUUCUGCGCAUUUUCAUCCGCGGAGGGAGGGGUAGGAGGCACACGCACUAUUUUUUAGUGCCGGCUUAUUACAGCAGAUGUCUCAUAGCCAUGUCCCAAUAAAGAAUAAGCGGGCCCGGCAUUUUUUGCGCGUUUGAAUUUUUAAUAUUCGCCCGAGGUCCGUGAUGAACUGACGUUUUCUUUUCUAGUGCUUGUGUUUUGUUUUCGACGCCGUCUAGUUUCGUAUUUUGGCGGGAACUUGUGCCUUCCAAGACUGUUGUUCUUUUUGAUCUGGAUUCUGGAUUGUGUCGCGCGAACUACACGAAAUAUCUGGCUCUCGUCUUUAUGAUCAUGGAUUCCACGAUAUCAAAUAAAUAAAUGACUGAACAUAUAUGUCCCUCAGGUGAAUAUUUCCUACAAUGGUAGAUACACAGCACUUUUGUCUGCGUUGGAACAAUUACCAAAGCAGCAUCACAUCGGCUUUUGAAAACCUCAGGGAUGACGAGGACUUUGUGGACGUCACUCUGGCCUGUGAUGGAAAGAGUUUGAAAGCUCACCGUGUAGUUUUGUCAGCCUGUAGUCCUUAUUUCCGAGAAUUACUUAAGUCAACGCCCUGUAAACACCCUGUGAUAGUCCUGCAAGAUGUCGCAUGGACAGAUCUUCAUGCUCUCGUUGAAUUCAUAUACCAUGGAGAAGUCAAUGUUCAUCAGCGUUCCUUGUCCUCCUUCCUCAAAACGGCUGAGGUCCUUAGGGUUAGCGGACUCACUCAACAACACGGAGAAGACCGCGACCAGCUGGCGCAGGUACAGAGCCUCGUUCGAUACCCCCAAACGCCCCCAGUAUCCAACAGCCAUCCGCCCAACUUCACCGACAAGUUAGUAUCGGACUCCUUCUUCACCUCGCCAUCAUCCCCACCCCACGGCGCCACAGUGAACCAACUGCUCAGACGGGCAGCCAUGCAGCACAGGAGAGAGAGGAGGAUAUCCAUGGACCCCGAGAACGAGCACAAACGCGCGAGGUCCGAACACAUAAUCGGCAAUAACAACAAUAACGAGCUCAACCUGUCCCAGCACACGCUGCCCGGCGCGCAGCAGCCGCCCCAGACGCAACCUGCGGACUUCUCUCCCAGCGCGAUGAAGAACAACGCGCUGAACCUGAACCUCAGCUCCCUGCACCAGGAAUUCGACGGCAACGGGAUCAGCAGCACGAAGCGGGAGAACUCGCCCAUCAGCCCGUCGCCGCCUGCUGGGACGCCGCGCUGCAACGACAGCAAGGUCAAAUCCGAACCAAUGGAACUUCUAUGUAGUACAAAUAAUCAGGACGAUAACAGUAACGACUCAGGUGAUACGGUCACGCCGAACGAUAACGGGCCUACGAAUCUACCUCAGGGGCCGCACUCGGGCAGUUCAGCGGGGGACCACGAGGACCACGACAGUCCGAUUGGGGGCCCUCCGUAUCUGACGCCUUCGGAGAGCAAGCUCUUCGCUACCGCAGCUAGCGGCUUCAAUUUUACUAUGGCCGCUCUGGCAGCCGAACCCACGGGGCUUGGAGGAUUGAAUACGUCAUUAGCAGGAAAUGAUGCACUUGCUGGUACGUCUCAAGGCACUAUGCGGAUGCCGCCGCCGACGUCCGGGGGCAUCAACGAGCCGCAAGAAUGCCCGUACUGCCGUCGCACCUUCAGCUGCUACUACUCCCUGAAGCGCCACUUCCAAGACAAGCACGAACAAUCCGACACGCUCUAUGUCUGCGAGUUCUGCCACCGUCGGUACCGCACCAAGAACUCCCUGACCACGCACAAGAGCCUCCAGCAUCGUGGUUCGAGCGGGAUGCUCAAGAGACUACUCAAGACCACAGCGAUCAAGAGCGUGCUGGCUAGCGCGCCGCCACCGCCCCCACCGCCGCACCUCCAGUGAAACCGGCACAUCGGCCUACCGCAAGUACAAACCCCACCUUUUUCACGUUUUUGUGAUAAUGACUCUCCACCCUCACUGUAGUAACCCUUAUUUGCUCCCCCCCUAAGCCUCUUUGUGGACUAGUACAUUUUCGAAUGUGUCGUGAUCUGCCCACAAUGCGAGACAUUCCCAGUGUUACUGUGAUUCGGUUCUUCUUGAUAUCAUCUACGUUCUUCGAGUGUUUGUCAUUUUGCCCAGAUCAUAUCGUGUGAACAUGACGCAGUUUUCGAUGGACGCCACGGUCAUUUCAAAGGAAUCCAUGAAUCAACCAUUUUGUCUUAUCAAAACACCAUCCACGCUAUGGUUACCUAAACCCUAAAAUUAUUCAGGUUAAUGUUGAAGAUUCACAUAAAUUCAGUUACGUUUUUAUAGUAAACUGCUAUUUAGGUGCUCCUCUGAACAGGUAGUAUCUAAUUAAUACUCCUCAUGAGUAAUAACAUAACCUCUGUGCCAACAUAAACCUCAAACUGUUAUACAAGAUUUGAACGAAACAUUCAAAUAUAGAGAAUCACGGUUUUUAUAGAGAAUAGCUAUUUCGUUGUAGAAAAUAGCAGUUUCUUUUUAGAUAAUAAGCGUUAUAGUAUAGAGAGUAGCAGUUUCAUUAUAGAGAAUAACUGUUUCAUUAUAGAGAAUAACUGUUUCAGUUUAGAGAAUAACAGUUUCAGUUUAGAGAAUAACAGUUUCAGUUUAGAGAAUAACAGUUUCAUCCAAGAUAACGCGCAUGAACAAACAUUGUGAAAGAUCUCUUCGUUAUAUCGAAAUAUCAAUCGACCAAGAACCUGAAUUACAAUAAUGGCAUUCAAGAAUGAAUAUACAGGGUUUUCCACAGUGGGUUAGGGAGAACAGAGCAUAUAAUUGUUCUGAAAAUUUGGGUACAAGGGUUUACGCUUCUGAUCCAUCUGUUCAAUAUUUUCAAUGUUGUGACCUUGUCGCUUAUACCAAAAAAUAUUACGAACCUCGUUAUUUCAAUUGUUACACCCUAUUUAUUAUAAAAUUUUUCGUUUCUUAACCCCCUUCUGAGUAUUUUUUUUAGUACAACCAUAUCCCUGUUCCUGAGACUUUCAGAAAUAUUCAGGGUUUUCUACAAAAAAAUCCCAAAAACAUGAAUCCAAUGAAAUUGGCACAGAAAAGACAUUUGAUACUUCAGGAAGCUGAAAUUUUGAGAAUAGGUCACUGAGAUACUGAGGAUGAGUUUCGUAUAGAGAAAACUUGGAUUAUGAUAUACAGGGUGUUCCAAAAUUCUUCGUCUCAGCACUGGACACAGAAGCGGUUGUUCUAACUACUAAUGACUAAUGAUGUAGCAUGUUUCCCUGCCAAAAUCUCAUGGUAUUCUCUGUGUAGGGUGUUUCAUUUGAAAAAUACUAUUAAACUAUUACCCCUUUUGUAACGAAGAAAGCAGCAUCCCAAAGUAUGAAAUGUCUUUUCUAUGCCUAUUUCAUUUUGGAUGUAUAUUUUUUGGCAGUUUUGAUGGGAAACCGUUAAUAUUUCUGAAAGUAUCAGGAUUAGGGAUAGGUAAAUACGAAGAUGGGGAUAGCGAAGCGAAAAAAGUUAUAAUAAAUAGGGUGUCCCAUAGACUAAACCCUAGUACCUACAGAUUUUCAAAAAACCCUGUAUAUUUCACUUAUGAAAUAAACAACUGAUCUUUGCAACUACACAGGGAGCCUGUAAAACUCAGACUUUUCCUGCUCUUUCAUUCAUAUCCAUUUUUCAUAAAAUCUCAAACUGCCAAAUGUGUGCCAAACGAAAUAAAAAGCAUUAAAAUUGAAACACAUUCAGGUAUAACUCAGUGGAAAUGAAUAGGAACUAAAUGGUGAUGUUCAUACUACCUCCUUAUGGGUACAAUCAAACUCAAACAUUAAACAUAAGUAAUUUUGAAAAAGUAUUGAAAGAACCGAACUACCUCCGACAAAUCCGUAUGUCCAAUGGACAGUCUAAGAUGAACGUAAAAAUAAUACAAUAUCUACUAAUACACAAUUUUCAUUGAAUCAGUUUAUAUUGCUGAAAAUUCGAAUUGAAGAUUUGAAACGGAUGACGUAUUCACCUUGGAAACCCAUAUUUUCAUUUUCUCACCACCAAUUAAGUAGGUUUUAUGAUGAUUGAUCGUUAAAACAUUGACCAACAUGAAUCAACAAAUGAUUGACGAUAUUUUUAUCUUGAUCUUUAUCUAGAUUUGAUCCCCAAUUUCCGAAGUUCGUUGAGGUAACUCAC